CACAAUUUCCUUGCAAAAUGGAUCAACCGGAUGAAACAGGCGUCAGAAUCUACACAACCUCCCCACAAACCAACACUAAUCCGCCAUUGCCACGCUCCCAAUCAGCACCAUCUCAAGCAAACGCCACCCCCAACUUAGGCAGGCGGAAGAGAUUUCAAAGGACACUCUCGAAAGGGGUCCAAAAAACGCUCUCCAAAACCUCGAUGCUCGUAAACUUCCUCCCAACCGGAACUCUUCUCACAUUCGAAAUGGUCCUCCCUUCCAUUUAUGGCAAAGGCCAAUGCUCCACUGUGGCAACCCUCAUGAUCAACAUGCUUCUUGGCAUUUGCACAUUUUCGUGCUUCUUCUUCCACUUCACUGACAGUUUCAAAGGGCCUGAUGGGAAGGUGUAUUACGGGUUUGUGACACCAUCGGGUUUGAAAGUGUUUAAACCAACUUUAAACAUUGAAGUGCCAAAAGAUGAUCGGUAUAAAGUUGGGUUAUCAGAUUUCGUACAUGCGAUGAUGUCUUCAAUGGUUUUUAUGGCAAUCGCAUUCUCAGAUCAUCGGGUUACUGAUUGUUUAUUUCCAGGUCACGCAAAGGAGAUGGAUGAAGUGAUGCAGAGUUUCCCUUUGAUGGUUGGAAUAGUUUGCAGCGGUUUGUUUCUUGUUUUUCCUAAUACUCGUUAUGGUAUUGGAUGUCUGUCGGCAUAAUUAUUGUUGUAUUUGCAUAACGUACUGCUAUAUAACUAUGUGUCUAUGUGAAUCUUGUGUAGUGAAAGUUGUAAAU